ACGGUGUGUGUGCUGUCUUCGCGAUCGGGUCCGGUUCUGGUUCUGGUUGGCGUUCGCCGUCUAGUUUUACACCAGACAGUCCGGUACAACGGGUACAAAACUCGCGGACUUGGUCUCGAAGAAUCUGAGAUCGCGAGUGCGGAUUGGUUUUGUCGUUACGUGUUCAGGUUGGAAGAUCGCGAUCGAUGAUGUCCCGAGGGUGUCGCUCUUGAGGACUUAUUAUUCUUAGUAAAAUUCAGUUUUGUCAGUUGAUUUUUGUUAAGUUAGAGGUAGAAAAUAAAGACGAAAAUAGGAAGGAGUGUGAGGGUUGAAGAGGGUGAGAAUUUCGAAGAAGUGCAUUCUUCGGUCUCGUCCUCAGAAUGAGGGGGAGUCUGUUAUCGUGGAGUGGUUUCCUACUGCUGAUCGCUGGAGUUAUUCUUGUCGCUGGUUUGGAGAAUGAAGAUCUGCAUUUUGCUGAUAACAGUAUAUCUGCAGUUGAGGUGCCUCUAGUAGAAAAACAUGAAGAUGAAUCUUAUUUACAAAGGAUAAAAAGGGGGUUGUUUGAUUGGUUUGCUGCUCCCGCAACAAGUACAACAGCUCCUCCAAUAUUAGAAGAAACGAAGGAGGAUGAGUCAUCCGAUGAUAAUUUUAUACCUCAAUCAAAUGAUGAAAAUGAAGGCCCUUUUAAAGAAACCACUACAGAAAAACAAACCACAGUACGUGGAGUUAAUUCUUCGGGAGAGAGAAAAAUUCGGGAAAGUGGAGAGGAAAACGAUAUCGAUCGAGACGAUUCAUUGGUCGAUGAAGAAAGAAAAGCCGAUCACUCAAAUGAAAUCGGUCACAUUUCUGAAGGUCGAAGGUCAGAUAUAAGGUAUAAUGAAAACGACGAUGAAGAUCUUCCUGGUUCAGGGGAAGCUGAAGGAAGUGCUCACCAUGCUGAUCUUCCCAUGAGACCAGCUCCUAAAACAAAAUUCUAUCGAGUGGGGUUAACAAUUGGCGAACCUUACAGAAGGGACUAUGCUGACAGAAAUUCCGAGGAAUACAAAGCUUUAAGUGCCAACUUAUCAGAAACUUUGACAUCAUUAUAUCGCAAAGACGCACCCGAGGAUUUCACAUACGUCACUGUCGUUAAGAUAGAAAAUACAACCGACCCUUUCAAAUCUCACGUUACCCUUGACAUUGGAACCUCAAUCCCCAACGGAGAGGAUGUAAAAAAUUUACUUGUCCGUAAUCUGGAUCUUCAUAGUUUGGGAAACAUUCAAGUGAGUCCAGAGGGAUUCUCGUUUCUCAGUUUCCAAGCUGGAUUAGCCGAACCUGCACCUACACCUGAAUGCGAUAGCUUGACGGAAUUGACGUGUCGUAACGGAAACUGUGUUCCUCUUCAAUCCCGUUGCGACGGUGUAAACAAUUGUGAUGACGGAUCUGAUGAACUGGAUUGUCAUCGGACAGUAGGAGUUGAAUCAAAAUCUGAGGAGGGAGCAGAAUCAAAAAAUGUUUCCAUUUCAACGGAAGGAAGAACUGGGUGUCGGGGAGACGACCAAGUGCGGUGCGUUAAUGAAACUCUGUUCAUUUGUGCCGUUCAGUUGUGUAAUGGUAUUCCUGAUUGUCCGAAUGGAACCGAUGAACAAAAUUGUGAUCAAGGAUGCAGCAUUGGAGAAUUUGCCUGUGAUGUUUCGCGCUGUAUUUUGGAAUCUUAUCGCUGUGAUCACAAACCGGAUUGUCAGGACGGAAGUGAUGAGCAUGAUUGCGACUACCCUGCUUGCCAUUCAAACGAAUUUAAAUGCAGAAAUCAGCAAUGCAUAGAAAUUGGAAAAUAUUGUAAUGGUGUACAAGACUGCGCAGAUGGCUCGGAUGAAAUAAAAUGCCAACCUUCGUCUACGACCACUUUGGAACCGAUUGUUGAGAUCAAUUCGGAAGUAAAGGAUCCCAAGAAAAAAAAAUGUAAAGCAUUUGAAUGGUCUUGUGAAAAUGGCAAGGAGUGCAUCACACUUUCCCAAUUUUGUGAUGGAGAACCCCAUUGCAUGGACAUGUCUGACGAAGAGUAUUGUGAAAGGAAAAUAUGUACAGAAGACGAAUUCGAAUGCACGCCAGGGUACUGCGUGUCAAGUUCCAGACGUUGCGACGGAGUCAAUGACUGUCAAAAUAGAAAGGACGAGUUAAACUGUGGAGUAUACAACAAAACACGAAAUUGUGGACAGGACCAGUUCGAGUGUGAUAAUGGUCGUUGCAUCAACAUAAAUUCGAGGUGUGAUGGUCGCCAGGAUUGCCGCGAUUUUACUGACGAGUACAAUUGCAAUGUAACGACGUGUCCUGUGGAUCAAUUCCGUUGCUUAGAUGGCAGCUGUCUAAGUAUCAGCAAGAGAUGUGAUGGAGUCUCGGACUGUCGCAACGGCGACGACGAAAAGCAGUGCGGUUGCAAAGCUGCGGAAUUUAGCUGCGCGGACGGAACUUGCAUCGACUAUGGGUUGCAGUGCAAUGACUUCAAGGACUGUCAGGAUGGCUCUGACGAGAAAGAUUGUGAAAAUGUUUCAAGGCGAACCCAAUAUACUGAGACCAAGAUCACAAAAAUUCAAAAGACAUCCGAAAAGCUACAAAAAAGAAAACAGAAAAAUAGGAAGACAAACUCUGGAAAUUCUCGUCGAUUUACUCCAACAACAGAAAACAAUUCUGUAGAUUUGAACUCGCCACGAUCUAAAUCAUCAAAAAAACAGAAACCAUCGGAAAAAGCGUUGUCCAAGGAACAGUCGAAGUUGCUCAGUGAAAAUAAUGACAAAAUAAAGAGUAAAAAGUUGGAUAAAAGUCGAUUCAAGUCGCAUAACAAGGAAAAAACCAUUAUUAUUACUGCAAAUGCGGAAUCAUCUAAACCAAGAAAGUCUUCCAUGAUAACAGUUUUACAGCAUGAACCUAUCCUUCAUAAAGACAGAACUAUUAUUCUUACCAAAAAAUUCCAAACUCAGGAUACUUCUAUUUUUGAAACUGCUCAUGAAGAAAGUUCAAGCAACGCUAUUAUUAAAAUCGAAAGGAAGCCAAAUACGAUAGUUUUUUUUAAUUCUACGGGAAAUUUUACAAAAUCAAAAAAUAAAAGAGAUUUUGCGACAACUGAAGAAUCUUUAACUACAGUCUCAAAAGCAACGACCAAGAGUCGAGCCAAAAAUAAAUUCAAAACUAGGAUCCGAAGGAAAAAAUUGAAAAAGAUUGCUACAACGCAAUCGACAAGAGAUAACUUUGAUAUUGAGGUGUUUUCCCCCAUUAUGAUUCAGUCGAAAUACGAAAGACAAGAGGACACAAAUUCCACAAAAGGAAAUAAUAAUGCUACGGAAAAAAUAAAUAUGAAUUCAAAAGUGAACGUUACUCAAGAAUUUAUCAAAAAUGAAAGCACCUCUAGAAAUUUUAGUCUUUUUAUUGAAGAAAGUAGUACCAAUAUAACUAAUAGUAUUAAUAACAACAACAAGUCCGAUAAUAGUUCAUCUACCUACACAUUUAUAAAGAAUCAAAUUCAGUCUUAUACCGAAAAUACAUCAAAUUCUUCACUUUUUGUUACUGAAUCUACCAAAAAAAGGACUAGAAAACCUGGAAAAAAUAAAAAAGGAGGAAAAGGAAAUUCAGGAAGAACAACCGAAGCCUUGAAAAAGUUUACAAUAGAUCCCGAUGUUGAAAUUCUGCCUUCUACGAAAUUACCUCUAAAGAAGACAAAGCACAGAAAAGGAAAUAAAAUUUCCACUGCAAAUCACAAAAGAAAAAAUGGUUCUAACGACACAAUAACAAAAAAUCGUACCAUUUUAGAUUACAGCAAGUUAGGUAAAAAUGUAACAGACAUUCAGAUUGGAAACUACACAGCAAAGGUGGGAACGGCAGUUCAUCAAUACUGGGAAAAAUACAACAAUAAUUCCACUUUUUCUAACACAACUGAUCUGCUUGCCUUGGUCACUAAAAUGGACCAGGUAAAGUGGGAGAAUUACGAGACUGUUACAACUCCUACAAUUCAAAAUAAAGAAAAGAUAAAGAAUAACAAAAAUAAGACUUUGAAUACAACAAUGACAUCUAAAGAUAAAUUAGACACUUUAGUCUUCGAGAAAAACAACAGGAAUCCAAAUAAAGAAAAUUACACAAAAGAAAAUACCACGUUUUCUGAAAAAGAAAUAAAAACUGGAAAUAUCACGUCGAAACGUCAGCAUGAAUUUGAAACCCAUGUCCAUAACUGUCACAUGAAGUGUGUCAAUUACUGGCGUAAACUUUACGAAGAUUUGUUAAAGAACGUAUCAGCGAAGACAAAUGGAUCUCUUCAAGGUUUUACUUUUACAGAAGAAAGUGUCGAUUCUCGACUUAUUGAUUCUUCAGAGGAUCCACUUGAUUGUUGGAAGACAAUUUCAGAUUCGGGGCCCAAAAGUUCUUCGAAAUCUCCGUGGGAAGAGGAGGAAAAUAAGGGUAAGGAAAAAGACAGGGAACAUGUUGAAAACCACGGAAAAAUUAAAAAAACUAAAAAAAGAAGGAAGAAAGGGAAAAAGAAGGCUAAAACAACUCCGAAGAGCACGGAAGAGUCAAAAACUCUCGGGAGUGUCACAAUUUUUGGUAUUUCUGAUUUCGUUUCAAUUGGAAAAAGUAUCAAAUCUGCAGCGUUGAAUAACACUGCCACUACUGAAUCUCUAACUUCUGAUUCCGUUUCAAAAGAUAAUACUAAGGAGGGAAAUAAAAACUUUCAAUCAACGGAAGCUGGAAAUGUUUUAGUGCCUGCUGAACUGAAAAAUGCAACUGAACCAACCGCUCUUGAUUGGGGUUGGAAAAAUUGGUGGCAUUCUGGUACCACUGAGAAAGAAGAAACAAAUGUUUAUAAUAGUUUGAAAGAAGAGAUUAAAAUAACAACGGAAAAAAAUGAUUUUUGGAAUUGGUGGAACUCUGGUAUCACUAAAAAAGAAGAAAAAAACGUUUCUAAAGGUUUGGAAAAAGAGAUUGAAAAAACUACGAAGAAAGAUGAUUUUUGGAAUGACAUCUUAAAAAUAACAGGAAAUACAUCUGAAGGUAAUACUUUGAACACUGUAAGUGAAUCAAUAGCAUUUGAUGAAGACUCAAGAAAUUCAAAAACAACUUCCAAACUUUUGAAUAUGACAGAUAUACAUAUUACAGAUGUAACAGAAAGUAUUACAACAAAUAAAAGUAUUUGUGAAUCUUCUGGUUGCAAAAUUAACAAAUCUAAAAAGGUUGAGGAAACAAGUUGGACGAAGAAGUAUCCAUCUUCAACUGAAGCAAAUCAGAAGACCAAGAAGAAGAAAAAUAAAUGUGAAAAGGGUUCUAUAAGUAUUAGAUGUAAAAAUAAAAUGAAGACAGCCAAGACUUAUGAAUUAAAUUUAGAAACCACAACAGAAACAAUUAUCACAACAAGGUUUAGAAAUUCUGAAUUUCUAUCUGACGAAGAUUUUGAUUCUAAAGAGACAAGGAAUAAAAAUAAUGUAACAAAAAACGUGGAAGUAGAUACUACUACCCCUAGGACUACAACUGCAAAUAGCUUCUGGAAUAAUUUUUGGGGAAACAAUGAUGAUGAAAAUGAAAUAAAAUCUGGUGAAAGAACAAAGAAGGAUGAUAAUGUAACUUUAAGAGAUAAGAAAGAGGAUACCGAAGAUGAAAUUGUUGAAAAUGAGAAUGGAAAGAAAUAUGAGAAUGAUGAGCAAAAUGAAAAAGAUGAAGAUGAUGACACAGAUAUAGAUAAGAAAGAUGAUGAAUAUUAUGAUGAUCUAGAAAAGAAAUGUAGAUACUAUGAUCACUUUUGUGAUGGAGUUUGUUUAGCACACAAAUUCAUUUGUGAUUCGCAGCAACACUGUACUGAUGGAAGCGAUGAGGAAAAUUGUGAUAAGAUUGAUGUUAAUAAGAUUAAAAUCGGGAUUCCAACAGAGUUUAAUAGAAUUAUUGAGUCCACAACCUACAAAAUGCCAGAAUCUUGUAAAGAAUGGGACCACUAUUGUGAUGGAAAAUGCAUCAGUGGGGAAAAAAUUUGCGAUGGAAUUCGUGAUUGCAAUGAUGGAAGCGACGAGGAUUUGGAAGAAUGCAAACCAGACCGAGAUUGUACGCCGACCCAAUUCAAAUGUGCCACUGGGGGAAAAUGCAUUGAAGGCAUCUACAGAUGCGAUGGCCAUCCGGAUUGCCCGGAUAGAAGUGACGAGGAUUGUCCUUCUGUGACAUCCACUCAAGUCAACAUCACCUCCAAUUCUUCUACGAACCCUUCAUGGCCAUCCUGGAAUAAUGUGGCGCCAAGAGAAUGUGAUUCGAGGACCGAAAUGCGUUGUGAUGACAGACAGUGCAUUCCCCUGCGUCGAAAAUGUGACAAUGUCAUCGACUGUCGAGAUCGAAGUGACGAACGUGAUUGUGAAAUCUGCGUUCCUGGAGAGUGGAAAUGCGCGAACAGCGAAUGUAUUCUGGAAAGCGAAAGAUGUGAUGGGUCGCCUCAAUGUUUGGACGAAUCCGACGAAAUCGGAUGCGAGUGUAGAAGUGGCGAGAGACAGUGUGAUAAUGGAAUGUGCGUGCAAGCCCAGUUUUUCUGUGAUGGAAGGACCGAUUGUCUCGAUGGAAGUGAUGAAAGAGAUUGUCAAAAUCCUAAUGAAAUUCCAUCUUAUGCAAGAUGUGGAAACGACGAAUUCACUUGUCAAGAUAGAACUUGCAUUCCAAAUUCCUACGUUUGCAAUAACAGAACUGACUGUUCAGAUGGUUCUGAUGAAGUUAAUUGUCGAGGUUGCACCGGUGAACAACAGUUCCAAUGUAGACGCAAUGGAGUCUGCAUUUCCUUAUUCGAGCGGUGUAACGGAAUUGUCAAUUGCGACGAUGGCUCUGAUGAGGCUGAUUGUCCCAAUUUUGAAGCACCUGGUGGAGGGGAGCCUGAUCCUGGUCCAGGAAGUCAUCCUAUGCCGGGAAUAUGUCGUCCUGGACAAAUCACGUGUCGUUCUGACUAUAUGUGCUUCCCUGUUUCUGCACGCUGUAAUGGACUUCCAGAAUGCAGAGAUCAUUCUGAUGAAGAAAACUGCGGUGACUCUUCCAUUGGUGAACUUGAUCUAAAGACUUAUCCGAGUGAACAAAUUAUUAAAGAAAACCCGGCGAAGUUAGGUCGGGAGGUAGUAUUUCAAUGUCGAGAUGAAGGACCUCUUCGAUCCAAAGUACGAUGGCUCCGAGGAAAUGGUUUGCCCCUACCUGCAGGAAGUAAAGAUAAAGAUGGGCGUCUCGAAAUUCCAAAUAUUCAACUUAAUCAUACUGGACCUUAUAUUUGCGAAGCCGUUGGAAACUAUCAUGGUCCAGGAAGUCAAAAAAUUGUACACCUCCAGGUUGAGAAACUUGAUCAACCUGCAGCGAGACCACCCCAAACUUGUGGAUUCGAUCAAGCCACUUGCAGCAAUGGAGACUGCAUUUCGAAAUUAAAAGUCUGCGAUGGUGCCUACGACUGCACUGACGGAUCUGACGAAAUGAGAUGCAACCCUCUCGGAUGCGAGCCCAAUGAAUAUCGCUGUGCAAAUAAGCAGUGUGUGAGUAAAUUAUGGCGUUGCGAUGGAGAUCGAGACUGCCAGGAUGGAAGCGACGAAGAAAAUUGUGCGCCAAAUCCACCAGGUUCUCCAUGCCGCAACAGCGAAUUCCAAUGUAGGGGCAUAAAUCAAUGUAUUCCAAAAAGCUUCCACUGCGAUGGUGAACGAGAUUGUCAAGACGGAAGUGACGAAUUUGGAUGUUCUCCCGUCAUCAUUACAGACCCGCCUCAACCGAUGGUCAAUCUUCAACCAGGAGACACGAUGUUCCUCACCUGCACAGCAACCGGAAUCCCAGUUCCGGAAAUCAACUGGAGAUUAAACUGGGGCCACAUUCCUGCCAAGUGCACCACAACUUCCGUCAAUGGAACCGGAACUUUGACCUGCAAGGAUAUCCAGGUUUCGGAUCAAGGCGCCUAUUCCUGUGAAGCUUUGAAUAUCGCCGGCUUCGUUUUCGCAGUGCCGGACGCCAUCCUCAUCGUCAACCCAACGGAUUCUGUCUGUCCACCAGGAAAAUUCAACUCCGAAGCCAAAACCCCCGAAGAGUGCAUUUCCUGUUUCUGUUUCGGGGUGGCUACCGAGUGUCGAAGUGCGAACCUCUUCACUUAUCACAUCCCGCCGCCUUUCGAUCGACACAGAGUCGUCAAUGUUGAGACCUCAUCGGAAAUUUUAUUACGAGGAGAGGCUGAUCGAAAUCAAUUUGGAAUUCAACCAAUCGGAUCCGAUAGUGUCAGGAUAAUAGCAUCCUUGGACAAUGAACUCGACUCCUACAACAUUCCCUAUUUUGCUCUUCCUGAAAUCUAUCUCGGUCAACAGCUUAAUUCUUACGGUGGAUAUUUGAAAUAUAAUGUUCGGUACAGUGGAAACGGGGUUCCAAAUGAUGCACCGGCUGUUAUUUUAACUGGAAAUAAUAUUACUUUGGUGUACAAGGGUAAAACUAUCCUUCCGAAUUAUGAAGCAGAAGAGAGUGUUCGUUUCUUUGAGGGGUAUUGGUAUAAGAAAGUGGGAAGAUACGAGCAGAUUGCGACGAGAGUUGAUAUCAUGAUGGUUCUUCAAAGAGUUGAUAAUAUUCUGAUCAAAGCCAAGUAUGAAGAUUCAUCAGAGGUGGAUGUGACCAUCACGAGCAUCGUUUUCGACUCUGCUGAUACUACAAACACCGGACUCGGUUCAGCAGCCUUCGUUGAAGAAUGCAUGUGUCCGAGAGGAUAUUCUGGAACAUCGUGUCAAUCCUGUGCCUCUGGCCACACGAGAAUUGGAGAUGGUCAAUUUUUGGGACACUGCGUUUCAGAGGAAGUCAUUUGUCAACCAGGAUUCUAUCGUGACCCAAGGACGAGAAGAUGCGAAGCCUGUCUAUGUCCUCUUCCAAAUCCCGCCAAUCAACAUGCUCGAACUUGUCACCUUGGGCCUGGCAACGAACCUAUCUGUGACUGCCCACCUGGAUAUAUUGGAGACCGAUGUCAACAAUGUGCCCCUGGAUAUCAGGGUGAUCCUUACAGAAGCGGCUGUAUUCCAAAUUUAAUCGAAAGAUGCGAUCCUGCUGGCAGUCUUAGUAGCUACGUUGAUCCUGCCACAGGCUAUUGUCGAUGCAAGAAAUUUACAACUGGUCGUCUUUGCAACCAAUGUAAGGACAAUGCUUUCCACCUAGCUUCAUCAAAUCCGCAUGGAUGUCUCACAUGUUUCUGCAUGGGUGUUGUCGACAGAUGUACCGCUUCCAACUGGUACAGAAACGAUAUCCGAGCAACAUUCUCAACUUCCACCCGAGACUUUGCUCUCGUCGAAUCCAGGUCUCCUGAUGCUCAACCCAUAUAUUCGGAUCUAAGAGUAGACGCUAUUUCUCGAGAAAUGGUUUACAAGAGUUUCCCUAAUCGCGGAAAUAGCGAUGUCUACUACUGGCAGCUGCCAAGUAACUUCUUGGGUAACAGAAUUACCUCUUACGGAGGAAACCUCAGGUAUACGGUCAGAUAUGUGCCUUCUCCUGGAGGUCAGAGUUCCAGAAACAGCGCAGCCGAUGUCGUCUUAAUCAGCCAGAAUGGCCUGACUUUACUCCACUACGCCCACAGCAACCGAUCUGGCGCAGCGGAUCUCAACACUCAACAGACUUUCACUGUUCCAUUCAUUGAAGAUUAUUGGCAACGAGAAGAUGGCACCAAAGCUGAUAGGCAGAGUCUUAUGAUGGCUUUGGCUGAUGUCAAGGCGAUCAGAAUUAAAGCUACUUAUACUACACAUACUGACGAAGCUGCAUUGUCGAUGGUAUCUCUUGAUGAAGCGCAAAGAUCCAACACUGGAAGAGGCCGAGCAGAGGAAGUGGAACAUUGCAGCUGUCCAACUGGUUACAAAGGUCUUUCGUGUGAAGAUUGCGACGUUGGAUACACGAGAGUUGCAGAAGGAAUAUUCCUUGGAAGCUGUGAACCUUGCCAAUGCAACGGACAUUCUAAUCAAUGCGAUCCAGGCACAGGAAUUUGCGAGAACUGUGCUCAUCAUACUUAUGGCAGCCAAUGCGAAUACUGUGAAAUCGGAUACGAGGGAGAUGCGACUCGCGGUUCUUCAUACGAUUGUCAACAAAAUAGAUCUUCGAUCGUUUCUCUUGUCUGCGAUCCCGCGGGCUCUGAAAGCGCAUUGUUGAUUGGAAACGAAUGUAAAUGCAAACGAAACGUUAUUGGGCCAAGAUGUGACCGCUGUCGUCCGUACACUUUUGGUCUUUCGAUCAACAAUAUCGAAGGAUGUAACCAAUGUUUCUGCAGUGGAGUCUCCAACCAAUGUCACGAAAGCUCAUUGUACAUCCAGCAACUCCCAGUAUUUAUUCUUGAUCAAAAAUCAUCAUUCAAACUCACUGAUAGCACAAGACGUAAGAUAGUCAAUGCAGACUUGGAGGUGAAUACAGGGACAAAUGAAAUCGGCUAUCACUAUCCAAAUUCUCGCAGCGAGAGAUUGUUCUGGUCUCUGCCUAGGGAAUAUACAGGGAAUAAAUUGACUAGUUAUGGAUCGAAUUUGUCUUUGACUCAGCAUAUUAUAACUGCUCCUGGUGCUCGAACCUUUUCUGACCAGGAUGUUAUCCUCUUUGGAAAUGGUAUCACGCUUUAUUGGAAGAAUCCUCGGGAAUUGACGCCUGGAGUUGCAGUGACCUACAACAUCCCAUUCAGGGAAUCUGAGUGGAAUCGUUUAAGCCCAGAUGGACCUCGCCGAGCUUCAAGAAUUGAUUUAAUGACUGUUUUGGCUGACGUCGAAGCAAUUUUAGUUCGAGCAACUCACAGCGAUCAAAUGGAAGCUACUUACAUCAGCGACAUCAUCCUUGAUUUCGCCAGCGAAGUUAAUGGAAAAGAUACACCUAGAGCAACCCAGGUCGAAGUUUGCACCUGUCCCGAAGGCUACGACGGGAACUCUUGCGAGAAUUGCAAGAGAGGAUAUUACAGAAACAGGCACAGCAGUUUCGAAAGUUUCUUUGGAAAGUGCGAAAGAUGUCCUUGCAACAACAACGAAUUGAGUUGUGACAUAAGCCGAACUGGUCAAGUUGUUUGCAACUGUGCACCAGGAUACACUGGACAAGACUGCUCUCAACCUCUCAGUGGUCGCGAUCCCACAGAUACGCCAAAUCCGCAAAAUCCUCCUCCCGAACCAACAAUUAUUGUUGAAAUUAAGGAAGAGCAAUUCCAAAUUGUUCAAACUGGAACCAGCGUCAGAUAUCACUGCAGUGUAAAAUCUAGACAAGCCAAUGAUGUAAAAAUAAAAUGGGUGAAGGCUGGCGGAAUUUUGCCACCUGGAAGAAGUAUCGACGACGAAUCUGGUCUUUUGAUCAUUCGCGACGUGACUAUAUCUGAUAGUGGCAUCUACAUUUGCAAUGUCACUGAUGGACGAGAAGUUGCAACAAGAAACGUUACACUUGACGUUCAUGGUCCUGGCCCCUCUGGACCUAGAGCAGUAAUCUCACCCCGAUACGAGGAAGUCAUCGAAGGUCGUCCCUUCAAAUUCCAUUGUGAAGUUACAGGAAGUCCUCAACCGGAAGUACGAUGGGAACGUGCCAACGGACCUUUGAGCCCGGAGACAAGAGUUUAUGGCGAGGUUUAUGGUUCAGUUUUAAGAUUCUCAGCAGUACGCAGAAGCGAUUCAGACGAAUACAAAUGUAUCGCCAUGAACAAUUUCGGUGUAAAUGAAGUGACAGCCAUCUUAUACGUAUUAGAAAAUCAAGAAUUGCCCACCAUCUCAUCACAGAGAAUUACCCUCAAUCCUACAGAAUGGGUCGGAAACAGUGGAGACACAGUUCAGAUAACAUGCUCAGCAGCCAAAUCCAGCCGACUAACAUGGAGCCGUUCGGGAAAUGUGCCACUUCCGUAUGCAUCAUCCCAACAAAGUGGAGUCCUGACAAUUCGAAAUCCAUCACCUAAAGACUCUGGAAUUUACAUCUGCACGGCUAUCAGUUACGAGGGAUUGGAAACCAACGAAACAGCCAAAAUCAAAAUCGUCCCAAGACCGCAGGUGCCAAGUCUGAAGAUCCAGCCCGAAAGACAAACGGUGUCUCAAGGAACGAGUGCAGAAAUCAGAUGCAUUGUUUCUGGAGAGUCUGGAAUGAAUUACAAGUGGUCCAAACACGGAGAAACUUCUGUCGGCCCCAACGCUCAAGAAUUCGGCAAUACAUUGAAGUUCUACAAUAUUCAAGUCCAGGAUCGAGGAAUUUAUAUUUGUCGCGCCAGCAAUUCGAGAACUAGUUACGAAGCAAGUGCGAUGAUUGAAGUUGAACAACGCCAGGUGCCAAUUUUGGAAAUAUACCCGAAGUUGCCUCAAACGGUGCUCCUGGGAGGCUCAGUGGACAUGCAAUGUCGCGCUCAAGGUGCCCCGACUCCAGAAGUCCAUUGGUCUCGUGAAGAUGGACGGCCUCUUCCUCAAAACGUCGAACAGUCUCCUGGAGGACUUUUGAGGCUUACGAACGUCAAUUACAGUGACGAGGGCUUCUAUGUCUGCACUGGAACAAAUUCUGCUGGUAUGGUGACUCUGACUUCCCAACUUAUCGUGCAUUCUAGGCCAGUUAUUACCAUCAGCCCCAAGAGCGGAAUUUUAAAUGCAAGGCCAGGAGAUAAAGUGCAUCUUACUUGUUCUGCGACGGGAAAACCUCAACCCAGUAUUGCUUGGAGCAAACAAACGGACAUCUUAUCAAGGCAGGACCCUUUCAGCAAGGAAGGAGCUCCUGUGGAUGCAGUCUAUGAGAUUUAUUCUUUAACUCCGGAUGAUGAAGGAACUUACACAUGUCAAGCUACCAAUGCUGCCGGUAUUUCAGAGGAAAGCGUUCAUAUUCGAGUUGAUGAUGAUAUCAUUGAUUUACCACCUUCUAAAUGUCGCGGAGACCAACCCUGCAAUGAAGAUAUUUCCGAAUAUCCUCAACCCCGACCACUACCACCUCCACUAAGUCAGAACUCAGGAGUUGUCACAAACACUUUCAAUAAAAUACCAAGCGGAGGAAAAUUGCAACUUCGUUGUCAAUUGAGAGGAAAAGAUGAGGACCACAUCUACCUAGAUUGGAGGAGAGGAGGAAAUCUUCCAUUGCCAGAAGGAAGUUCAAUUCACAGUGGAACCCUGACUAUACCCAUAGUAACUAAAGACGCUGAAGGAGAAUAUAUUUGUCUUGGACUUGAUCGCCAUGGAUCAGUUUUGUUUGAAGCUAAAUCAAUCCUCGAAGUCGUUUCCGUUCCUAAGAUCGAAUUGAAUCCCUCACGACAGAUUGUUCGUCCAGGAGAAAAUCCUAGCAUUUUGUGCCUAGCCUCAGGAGACGAACCUAUAAAGAUCGACUGGAGUGCCGUUGGUCGUGAAAUGCCCACUUCUGUAACUCGCGAUCGUGGAUUUAUUCAGUUCCACGGAAUCACUUAUUCCGACGCUGGAAGAUACGCCUGCGUAGCUAGCAAUCCUCAUGGAACUAUUGAAGCUGUCGCUGAAGUUUUAGUAAAUGAAGACGAAGAAAACGUAGUUCGAGCUUUGGAAAGAGACAUAUCAACUUUCCCUGGAAGCACAAUUACAUUGAGGUGCACGUCUCAGGAACCAGCUACUAUUCAGUGGAGCAGAGAAGGUCAACCUCUGCCUGUGAAUUCACACGCUGGAGAAGAUUAUCUACAACUCUACAAAGUUCAACCUGAAGAUAGUGGCCGAUAUACUUGCAAAACGAGUAACAGAAAUGGUGUUUCGAGCGAUUUUAUAAACUUGAGCGUCAGCCUAGUUAAUUUGCUUGCGGAUUGCAUGCCAGUAUACCGAUCGCAGUGCAGACAGGGGGAUUAUCAAUGCAGAAAUCAACUAUGCGUUCCGUUGGAUUACUUUUGCGACGGCUAUGUUCAGUGCAUCGACGCUACUGACGAACGCUUCUGCCGCAUCACGCGAUUCCGCCAAAUUCUCCAGCAACGACGUGCUGCCACCACGCCUUACGUCUCCAUCAGACCAUCUCAGGAACUCGUCAAUAUUGGCGAUACAGUCGAUCUGAUUUGUUCAAGUUCGGGUAUUCAAAAUCCCCGAUUUAGUUGGUCCACUCUGAAUGAAAUCAGUUUACCGCCAAAUGCCAGAGCUUAUGAUAAUACUUUGCGGCUUUCAAAUGUAAUUGUAAGUGACAGUGGAGUCUACAGAUGUACAGCAAAUGGUGUGGAAGGCAUUUUUGAUGGAGAAUAUGACCUCAUCGUCCAAGGUGGUACUGCCGAUGCUCCAGCAAUUGAAACCGUAUCAGCUCCUUACGGAUCAGAUAUUGAAAUGGACUGCAGUCCCAAUUUGAGUCCUCCAAUCAAAUUCCACUGGAAGAAACUUGAGGGAACAAUGCCAUCGAAUAUUGAUCCAUACGAAAACAAAUUAAGGAUCGAAAACGUGAAGGCCGAAAACGCAGGAACCUACAUUUGUGUGGCAGAAAAUGGCCAAGAGACACUCGAAGUUCCAAAUGUUCUAGUCGUAACUGGAGUUGUGCCAUAUUUCCACCAAGCUCCGAGAAGUUUCAUUGCCCUCGCACCGCUCUCAGAAGCCUAUAUGAAAUUCAAUAUUGAGGUCUCAUUCAAAGCAGAGAAUUACGAUGGAUUGAUACUUUAUAACGACGAAAGCCUCCACGGAAAGGGAGACUUCCUCGCUCUCGCAAUCGUCGAAGGAUAUCCAGUUCUCUCAUUCGACCUUGGAUCCGGACCAGCACAAAUCCGAGCAAACAGGUCCAUCACUCCUGGUACCUGGCACACCAUAAAAAUCCAACGUUACCGCAAAGAAGGAAGUAUGUUGGUCGACGGAGAAGGUCCUUUCAAGGUGUUUGCAUCAGGAAGAAAGCAGACUCUGGACCUCAAAGAACCUCUUUACAUCGGAGGAGUGCCACGGAAUCAAACUGUCAAUGAAUUUGUGAAUCGGCAGAUUUUCCGGAAUGGAAUGAUGGGCUUUGUUGGUUGCAUCAGCAAACUGGUCAUCGGAGAUACGCAUGUUGACCUGAUAGGCCAACAAACUGAAAGCUCUGGAAUAACGACCUGCGAAACCUGUGCGGAAAGUCCUUGUCGCAAUGGAGGAAUUUGCCAGGAAGCAGCUGUGAAACAUGGAUACAGGUGUCUCUGUCGCGCAGGAUAUAGUGGACAUCAUUGCGAUUCUGUAGGAGAAUCUUGUUAUCCAGGAGCUUGUGGAGAGGGAUCCUGUGUCAGUUUAGAAACUGGUUUCGAAUGUUACUGUCCCUUCGGAAAAGCAGGAACAAGAUGCGAGCGAAAUGUCGAUGUUCAUAAGCCUUCAUUCCGAAAUCCAAGAUCAUAUCUUGCAUAUAACAAACCAAAAGCUGUUCGAAGGCUAAAAUUGGCAAUGAACUUUAAAUCAACGGACGACGAAGAUGGAAUUUUGAUGUACGUUUCUCAAAGUGACGAAGGACUUGGGGAUUUUGCGGCUGUGAUAAUAAAGGACAGACAUGUCGAAUUUCGGUUUGAUGUUGGUUCUGGAAUGGCAGUGAUUAGAUCGAAUUUCAUCGUUCAGCCUGGAAUUUGGAUCCAUGUUUCGGUGAAUAGAGAUUAUAAGCAAGGAUCUUUAUCGGUGCAUGGAGAACCCCUUGUAGAAGGAAGAUCUCCUGGAGCAGCCAGAACGAUGAAUUUGAAUACUCCUUUGUAUGUUGGAGGAAUUGACAGAAGAAGAAUCAGUGUCAAUAAGGAGGUUGGAGUCCAGAGAAGUUUUCGUGGAUGUAUUAAUGAACUCGAGGUAUCAUCAAUGAACAUCGACCUUCUGAAAUCGCCAAUCGACUCAGCAAACGUGGAAGAUUGUUCAUCAGUUCAUCAAAAUCAAACCGCUCCCUACAUUCUUUCAACAACUCAAUCUCCAGUUUUUAUAACAUCAACUAAAUACGAUCCUUGUAUAUCAAAUCCUUGUAUAAAUGGCUUAUGCCAAAGUACCAAUUCUCACGAUUAUUCCUGCACAUGCGAAUAUGGCUACGUGGGCAGAAAUUGUGAAAAUGUUCUCAAACAAUGUGAAUUGUUGAUUCCAUGCAAAAACGGAGGCACCUGUACCGAUCUUCACGGAUCAUAUAAAUGUGACUGUCGGCUCGGUUAUACUGGACAAAAUUGCGAAAAAACCGCUGAAUUUUCCUACGACGUUGCUUUUAAAGGUAAUGGUUGGUUGGAACUUGACAGAUCAAUAAUGACACAUGAGGAAGAUCGAGAAGUCUUGGGUUUUGAAAUUUCAACGAAUAAAUCAAAUGGACUGAUCAUGUGGCAUGGGCAAACGCCUGAUGAUAUGAAUCCUGAUGAUUACAUCUCCCUUGCAGUGGUCGAUGGAUACGUGGAGUAUCAAUAUAAUUUGGGAUCAGGACCAGCAGUGAUUCGAGUUGUAGCCCAAAGAGUGGACGAUGGAGAACGGCACAGAAUAAUUCUUAAAAGACAAGGAAGUGAUGGCAGCAUUGAAUUAAAUGGCGAGCACACGGAAAGUGGCGUUAGCGACGGCUUGCAACAAAUUCUCAACACUCGUGGCAGCGUUUAUUUGGGAGGAGUUCCUGACUUUGGCAUGACUUAUGGUAGAUAUCGAGAUGGAUUUUCCGGAUGCAUUUACACAGUCGAAGUGCAAGAUUCCGGGGCAAUCGACAUCGGAGAAAAAGCUAUCAGGGGGCAAAAUGUUUCUCCUUGCACAAGUAACUUGAGCAAUCAAAUUCCAUCGCAGACACGGAAACGUAAGGCGUUGUAUUAAAGAUAAAAACCAAAAUACGCUUGUGCCUGAGAACCUAUGGUUUCUACGACAAGUUCUCAUUGAUAGAUAUUCAAACUGACUGAACGAGAACGAUGUAAAUAAUUUAAUAUUAACGCUGAAUCUAAGCAGGAAUUAAUCCUAUUUUACUUCCGAUUUUCGACGAUCGAUACUGACUUUAACUAAUAAUAUAUUGGCCAUCGAAAAUUUUAAACAAUGAGCAAAUGUUUAAAAAAUGCCAGUUACAAAACUUGAAGAUUGUGGCGCCAUAUCACGAUAUUAGGAAAACACGUAUGAAAAAUUUGAAAAAAUAUGGCAAAUAUUUGCAAAAUGAUUUGGAACAACUUGGGAACAGUUGUUUAUACACUUAAGAUAAAUAACCUCCUUUAAUAUAAACUUAUUGUAAUUUUUAUGAUAGUUCUAGAUAACCUAACGUUUUCUACUGCUUUAUUUGAUAUACCAACUACUUUUUAAGAAAGCUUAUGAAAUUGCGACGCUUUUUUCGGGCCAUUAAUUUGUACGUACUUUUGAAGACUUGCCAUUUGUUUUUCGCAUUUUAUGUUUUACAAUCAUUGGUGGAGUCAAGGCCUGGCGGUGCAGGGUUCUUGUUAUACGGAAAAUUUUGCCAGUUAGGGGCCAUUCUUAAAUCUUUGGCUUUUUUAUAUCCCCUUUCUCCCAAAAGUAACGUAGCCGUUGGCUAAAGACGGUUUUUCAGUUCAUAAAUUCUUUUCAAUUAAAUUAAUGUAUAUAAAAUAUUGAAUUCAAUACGAAACACUUCAAAUUGCUAAGAUUUUAAACCGAAAUAUAUUGCAUUUUCAACAAAAUAGUUGAAUUUUCAACUACCCAGUGGGCACAAAGAUUGGCGAUGUCUUUGCGACAUCGUUACGACAGCUUUACGACCUCCUAUCUCUAAUUCGUUAAGGCGUCCUUACGAUAUCGUAAAUACAUCGUAUGAUCUGACGAUGUCUUUACGAUAUCGAAAAGACACCGAAACGACAUAGAAAUAGGAUGUCGUAAAGUUGUCGUAAAGAUGUCGUCACGAUGUCGUAAAGACGUUGCCAAAUUUUCUGCCCACUGGGUAAAUACAUCUUUUACCCAAAGACAUAAAUUUUCAACAAAAAAUAAAAUAAUUAAUUAAACAGAUGUACUUUUCAAUAGUGAAGACGAGUUUUCCAAAAAAUGGUUAAAGAUUUAACUAUAAAUUACAAUUUUCAAGUCAAAAUGA